UUGCUACUCAGUGCUCAGCGCGUCGUUAAUUUGUAAACAAAGCAAGUUGGUGUGGCUAAUAAAUAUGAAUCUCAACGCAGGUUUGCUAAUGAAUGUGAAUUUAAGAAAAGAAAAAACAUAUCGAGAUCGACGUGGAGAUGGCGACAAUUUUAAGUCGUUAUAUCGAUUUACUCAAGGAAACGUAGAAUGGUUAACAAAUUACUUUCUUGGAGAUCAAGAGGAGACAAGAGGGGGAAGUCUGAGUAAUAUCCAGAAAAUGAAAACUUUUUUACGAUAUGUCGGUGAUCCAGGAUUUCAGAUUGGCGUUGGAGAAGACAUCGGAAUUCAUCAAACGACAGCUUGCAAAAUUAUUUGGUACGUUUGCAAACACAUUACAGCUAAAUCGAACGAUUGGAUUCAAUUUCCUUCCACCGAGGAAGAGUUUCGUGAGGCCAAAUGUUCCUGGAGCCGCAAAGGGCAAAUUCCAAAUGCUAUAGGUGCUAUCGAUUGCACUCAUGUUCAAAUUGUUCGACCACAUAAUCACCCUGAUGAAUUUAUCAACAGAAAAGGAUUAGCAUCGUUUAACGUUCAGGCUACAUGUAAUGCAAAUGAAGUUAUAACAAGUAUCGAUUGCUCGUGGCCGGGAUCGGUGCAUGAUUCCAGGAUCUGGAAAAAUUCUAGCAUUUACCAGAUCAUGUUUGAAAACCCUGCAGGAGCUCUUCUGAUAGGUGAUGAGGGCUAUGGGAUUGCUCCGUGGAUAAUGACACCAUACAGAAAUCCCAAUAUUCCCAUUCAUAUGCAUUAUAAUAAGAUUUUUUGUCGAGAACGCGUUGUUGUAGAAAGGGUAUUCGGUCAAAUUAAACGACGAUUUCCAUAUUUACAAAACGCAGUACGAAUGGCUACGUAUAGAGUACCGUCAAUGAUUCUUUCGUGCUUUAUUUUACAUAAUAUUGCUAAAUUCCUUCAAGAUGAAGAUUUUGAUGGUGAUUAUGAUAACACAAAUGAAAAUAAUAUUAUUGGUUUGAAUGAAAAUGGUGAUAUAAAAACUCGCGGACGUAAUAGGCGUGAUGCAAUUGCUGCUUACCUAAGCCGCCGAAAUUAAAUUGGUUUCUUUGAAUCAAUGUAAAGUUCAAUUACGAGGUUAUCGUUCAUAAGAAAGUUGGAAUUACAAAUCAACUGUAAUA